AUGCAUCGGGGUCUUUGCUAUUCUUUUCUUCUUUCACUAUCUUCAGCUUUAUUAAUUCAUGAUCAAGACAGACAAGGACCUAGUCAAUUCCUUCAUAGUGAAAUUUGCGGCACUAAUGCUCCAAGUGCGGCUCUGAAAGAUGCGCAUCAGCGGUUCUCCAGUAGCCUCCAACGUGUGAUGACCGAGAGCCCUGAAUCGCUGCCCACAAUUGAGAUUGAAACAUGGUUUCAUGUCGUAAGUACAAGCGACCAGGUUAACUUAGUCACGAAUGAAAUGAUAGCAUCACAGUAUGUUUAUCUUCAACGAGCAUAUGCCAAUGCAAGCAUAAGCUACAAUUUCAUGGGUGUCGAUCGUAGUAUCAAUGAUACUUGGGCCCGCAAUGGUGACGAUAGGGAAAUGAAAAGGGCCUUGCGACGCGGUACAUACAACAGCCUCAACAUUUAUUUCCAGACCGAUUUACAGGUCUCGGAGUCAACGAGCAAUGUAAACUCUCGUCAUACAAAGCAUCGCAUUGAUGGAAUAAUAUCGUCGCGAGAUUCUCAGUCUUCACCAAAUCUUUUAGGGUUUUGUAGUCUUCCCGACCCGAAGAUCAAUUCGAGCAGCUCCUUCGAUGACUACAUCACUGAUGGGUGCAACAUACUAGCUGCGACAAUGCCUGGUGGUUCCAUAUCACAUUAUAAUAGUGGGGGCACUGCAAUCCAUGAAGUCGGCCAUUGGCAUGGGCUUUUGCAUACUUUCCAAGGUGAAAGUUGUGCAUCUACCAAUGAGGGUGAUUACAUUGCGGACACGCCGCAGCAGUCAGUUGCUACCGAAGGCUGCCCUGCUAUCAAAGACUCUUGCCCGAACUUGCCUGGGCUAGAUGCGAUACAUAACUUCAUGGAUUACUCGUCUGAUGAUUGUUAUCAGAGUUUCACCAAUGACCAGGCAGCUCGCAUGAGAAACAUGUGGUCUUCGAUGAGGGAGGGCAAAUGA